UCAGUUCACACAGGGAUAAUUACAGUUACACUGUUACUGUUUGUAUACAGAGCAAAGCAAAGGGAAUGUAAGUAACACGGGAGGGAAAACAUCGUCAAAAGUGUGUGAGUCAACCAUCAUCGACGCUGACGUCCAGCUUUGGCGGAGAGAGACGAGCAGUUUCUCCUCCAGCAUCCAAUUACCAUGGACGAGCUGAGCCUGUGUGGACUCUAGACCCGCUGCCCAGUCAGGAGCGAGGGAGCGAGGGAGGGAAGCGAUGCUCUGCCUCAUCCGCCUGCAGUGAUUCCAAGUAGGAGCUUAUCUUCUUUUUUGUUUUCACUGUUUUCAUUUAUUUCAAGUCCCACGUGAGGAACGAAGGAGUCUGCUGCCGCCACGAACAAGUGUCCGCGCACGCGGGGAAACGGUUCUACCUGUGGUGCUCUGCUGUAAAACCACUAUGGUCCUCUUGUGGUCCUCCAGAUUGGUCCUGCUCACUUUAGCACUCAUCCCUCAUCCAUGUCAGGGAUGCCCCCCUGACUGUCGCUGCUACAGCCUCACAGUGGAGUGUGGCUCUCUCGGGAUCAAAGAAAUCCCACAGGGCAUCUCCUCUGUGACAGAGACCAUCUUCCUCCAGGACAACGCAAUAGUACAGAUACGUCUUCAGGACCUGACUCGCCUGGGCAACCUCCAUUACCUGUACCUCCAGAACAACAGCAUCUCAGCCCUAGAGCCCGGAGCCUUUCUCAGCCAGGGGCAGCUUCUGGAGCUUGCCCUCAAUGGCAACCUCAUCCACCUGGUCACCCCUGACAUGUUUCGGGGUCUGGAGCACCUCCGGAUCCUCUACCUCGCCAGCAACCAGAUCACUCGAGUGCAGGACCACACCUUCAGGGGACUGCAGCGUCUGCAGGAACUCCACCUGCAGGAGAACAGCAUAGAGCUGCUGGCGGAGCAAGCCCUGUCAGGCCUGUCAUCUCUGGCUCUGCUGGACCUCAGCAGAAAUCACCUCCGCACCUUGGGAGCGUCGUCUCUCAAGCCGCUUGUCAGCCUGCAGGUGCUUCGUGUCACAGAGAACCCAUGGCGCUGUGACUGCGCUCUUGGCUGGCUAAGAACCUGGAUCAGUGAAGACGGGCAGCGUCUGCUGAGCUCUGCUGAACAGCGUCAGCUGAUGUGCUCUGAACCACCGCGUCUCUCCCACCUCAGCCUGGUGGAGGUGGCCCCCAACAGUCUGGUCUGCAUUCCCCCUGUGGUUCAACUAGAGCCCAGUCACCUGACUGUGCGACUAGGGGAGAGCCUCAGAGUGUCCUGCCAGGCCUCGGGUUACCCUCAGCCUCAGGUGACCUGGAAGAAAGCCUCCCAUGGAAAAGCCCAGUUAUCCCCACGAGGUCUGGUUCAAGAGCUGGGGCCCAAUGGCGAGCUCUUCAGGCCUGGGUCUGGAGGAGUGGUAACAGCCCUGCCCAGCAGUGGCGGCAUUACGGGCGGAGGUGUUGGCAUGAUCCACGGGCUGGUGCGCGGAACUGAGGAAGGCGGCGAAAGGGACAGCUUUGACCCUGACAUGGGUAGUGGCAUGUUGUUUCUCAGCAACGUGACUGUCGCACACGCUGGACGCUACGAGUGCGAGGCUUGGAACCCGGGAGGCGUAGCCAGAGUUACCUUUCACCUGGCUGUCAACAUGUCCUCUUCUUCACAUUCAUCCCAGUUCUGGCCUCGUUUGCACACACACUCCUUUUUUUCCUCUUCAUCCAACUCCUUCUAUCAGCCAGAUGUUGUGGAUGUGAGCCAGGAGCCGCUGUAUGAGCAGGACAGCAUGGAUUUCAGUGCUCUGGGCCCUGCCACCCAAACCGCCAUUGCAAUUGGCAUCUCAUUGUUGGCACUUACUGCUGUUCUGCUCCUGAUAAUGAUCUACACUCGUCACCAGCAGUACCAGAAAGAGGAAAGAGGCUCCUUCUGUGCCAGCAAGGAAGAAAGCAUCCUUUAUGUGAACGAUUACUCUGAUGGACCCACCACCUUUGCUCAGCUGGAGGAGUAUCGCGACGACCAUGGCCAUGAGAUGUACGUCCUUAACCGAGCCAAGCCUGUUAUGGGGUCCACGUCAUCCAGGUGUCCCAUGAUGAGUGGGUUCGUCCAGCAGAAUGGUAUGAAGGAGGCUUUGCUGGACCACGAAAUGGUGCAGACACUGACCAGAUCUGGGGGAAUGGGGCUUUGCAGAAACCCAGCAGACGGAGGAGAGGGGCCCCUUACUACAGACCCGGAGGAGCACUUCCUCAGUCAGAGUCUCCUCUUUGGAUCACCGGUUGCGUAUGAGAUCCACUGCUAAGGGGUUUUUAUUGUGUUCUGACAUGAAACAAUAAUGCUGAUGGAUUAAUUAAAGACAUUGAAGGAAAUCACCUUAGUGCACUAAUGUGAACUGGCAGAUUUAUAUGUGGGUCCUAGUGGGGGGGGGAUGGGGGCAGGUGUCAAUUAGAUGUUGCCGGGGGAAAUCCUGGAUCCCAACCAGCCUCACAAAACAUUGUCAUCUGACUGAUUGAUUGAUGAACAGUUGUAAAUUGAGGGGAAAAUAACAACUGAACAGAACCAUUGUCUCCACAUCGACCACUUAAAGCCAAUUACAAGUGACUAACUGUAUUACAAAUGGUUAGUGUGACAGUUAAUCCGUGUCCUUACAAAAGAGGCUGCAACUGUGCAGAAUAAAUUAUGGAUUAAAGCAGUGAUUCAUAUUUUUUACUGUUUUUUUUCUCCUUAAGCUUUGUGUGUUCUGUCUGUGUUUUGUGUAAAUAUGAUGACGUUAAAUUUCACUGUGAUGUACAGUUGUUGUUUUGUGGACCCUGUUAAAAAAGAGUUACACCUAAAUGAAUCUUCUCGCUGAAACUGCACUGUCAUUACCCAUAUGAGUGAAUGGGUGAUGGCGUGGGAGGGUGGAUUUAGAGGUGCAGCUGUAAGACUCUUAUGAAACCAUAGCAUUUGCAUCCUUUGAUGUUAACGUUUUUUUUAUUAACAAUAACAAUAAUGGUCAUUUUUAUAAUUUGAACUUGAAUUUUCGGUGGGAUUAACUGCAUUAACAUCAGUUUGUACCAACCAUAAUGUAAAUA